ACUACGAGUCCCAUGGUUCCUCGCGCGGCCGUGUGCCCUGUGGACUUGCGAGCGGGCACGGAGGGUCGGAGCACGUUGCUAGUGGGCGCGGCUGGCCUGGGCGGUGGAGGCCUACCGCUGGCCUGAGUCCUGCGACACGGCACCCUGCCCCACGCUCGGCCGGGUCGCCUUGGCGAGGCAGCGUCUUCCGGCCCGUACGGCGGGAUUCCGUGGAGACCCCCCUUCUAUAUCCUGAGAGUUGUCACGUUUGGAGAGAAAACAGCUGGCUAAGGGUGUUUCCUUGCCAGAUUAUGAGUUCCGCCCAGACUGGAGCCAUCAUGUUCCUCAGUGACUUACCUCGGGGUCAUUAAACAACACCUGCUACAUAGUACCUGCUUAAUGGAUGACUGAAGCGCCAAGAAGGAAAAUGUUUAUCUUAUGUUUAAGUGCAACAGAAUUUGUUUGAAACCAUUUGUAAGAAGGGGGAAAGAAGAUAAAAUACCAGGCUGUUUUUACCAUCAUCAAUAACUCUCUGUAGAAGCUGAAAUCCAUCACCAUCCUUCAAAAUGCAGUGGAAUGUACCACGGACUAUGUCUCGGCUGACACUCAGGACAUUCUUGGAACCACAGAAAGCCAGGCUCUCUGAUCACCACCGGAGCAUAAAAGGACCAUUACCUUGGCAUAGAGAUGAAUACAGACUAGUUUGGACACCACACCUUCGAAAGCAGUGGUUACAUUUACCUGCUGUGCAGUGCCUUGCAAAGCGAAGGAAUCUAUUAGAUGCUCAGCCACCUCAGCAGGGAGUCCUUCACCAGGAACGAUGGGAGCAGGAUAUUUUAGCCAAGAGGGUUUUAUCUUCCAGUGCCACAUCCCAAGAAACUCCAUCAGAAAAGAAGGAAGAGCCAGAUCCUUUACAAGACAAGUCUAUUAGUCUUUAUCAACGGUUUAAGAAAACCUUCAGACAAUAUGGAAAAGUCUUAAUUCCUGUGCAUCUAAUAACUUCUGGUAUUUGGUUUGGAACAUUUUACUAUGCAGCUAUAAAAGGAGUGAAUGUCGUCCCUUUCCUAGAGGUCAUUGGAUUACCUGACAGUGUAGUAGACAUCCUGAAAAACUCCCAAAGUGGAAAUGCCCUGACAGCAUAUGCCAUGUUUAAGAUUGCAACACCUGCCCGCUAUACUGUGACCUUGGGAGGAACGUCCUUUACCGUGAAGUAUCUACGAAGUCACGGGUACAUGUCAACCCCACCACCUGUCAAGGAGUAUCUGCAGGACAGAAUGGAGGAGACUAAGGAGCUCAUCACGGAAAAAAUGGAGGAGACAAAGGAUAGACUCACUGAAAAAUUACAAGAAACCAAAGAAAAAGUCUCUUUUAAGAAAAAAGUGGAAUAAGAGUGCCUUAUGUAAGAUGUUACAGAAAACCCCACUUUAACCCUAGGAGGCUGGGGCAAAGAACAUGUUCGGGAUUCCUUUCUUCCUUCCUUCCUUCCUUUCCUUCCUUCCUUCCUUUUCUUCCUUCCUUUCCUUCCUUCCUUCCUUUCCUUCCGUCCUUCCUUCCUUCCUUCCCUUCUUUCUUUUUGGUUGCUUGCCUAAAUGUGUAUAUCAAUCCUCUGAGGGUUAAAGAACAAAGAGGUUUUUUUUGUUUUUAAGUUAAAUAACAGUGGCAGGGAAAAAUCAAUGUUUUUCAAAAUGAAAUGAACCCAGCAUACAAAUUUUAUAUGAAUUGCAGUAAUAAGCAAUAGCUAAUGCCCUCGAAGUCAGAGUUCCUGUUCCAUAGCUUCAGAAUCCAAUCUGCUUCACAGUCUCUGACAUUGCAGUGUGUGUACUGGUCAGUACACUUAGAGAGUGAAAGCCACUAAGUGUCCAGUUUUGUGGGGAUGAACACCAUUCAGACUCUGGGUAAGAUUGGAGAAGUUACCUACAAGUUAACAUGUAGCCCUUAAUUCAAGAAGGUUGUAUAAAUCCAGUCUUGCAUUUAUUAGUAAGAUAUAUUGGUUAUGUGAUGAAAUGGACCCUGUAAAAUGGUUUUUAAUUGGAGCUUGUCAAAAUAACAUUUUUAAAGCAAAUUCUUUUUCAGACUUAACUAUGCAUGGUGGUUGGACACUUGGAUUGUCAGACUUUCUUGUAACUCACUUCUGUCUUCUCCAGCCAAUCUUUGGAAGAAAAUGAAAGUUUUAUAUAAACUUUAUUAUUGAAAUCACAUACAUCAGCAACUCAAGUUCACUCUUCUUAACUCCAUCAAGCUUUGAAAGACUGCUGCUGAUUGGGUAGGAACAAGUAGGUAACUGUGUAUGCUUGAGAAUGGAGGCUCAUGGUGGGUCCCGUGGAGAGCAGGUGGGCGUGCACCCAGGAGGCUCAUCUCAGAUCUCUCCACUACUUCAGCCCCUGUGGGAUUUGGGUCCUUACAUCCCUGGUCAAAACAAAAGAGGCCUGUCCUGUCAUAGGUUCCAUUAGAAUUGUGGUUAGUGUCUGUCAUAUUGGAAGGAAGAAUUCCUGCUUAAAUAGUCUGCUUGACUGUUUUUAGCUUGUGAUGAAUCGGGCUGGCAGGCAAAUCCCAUAUCUGCAGAAUGUCUUUCUGUGUGUGGGUGCACUCUGAGCUUUCCUUCAGGUCUGUCUAACCCUUGGGUUGACACUGGCUCAAGAAAUGGCCUCUUUAAAGGGCAUUGGUUUUGACUUGCCAUCAGAAGAAUGUCAGAGACCUUGCCACAUAGCUAUCCCAUUCAGCCCCUGCUUUGUGACAGAAUUUAUGUCAAAUGCUUAAUUUGACCAAAUUUAGAGACUAAGGCGAUAACCUCACAUUUGAGAUAUCUAGUCAUUUUAUCGAAACACUAAGUGAAAAUGCUAUGGUCAGAGUAUUACAGAGGGGAAUUUGUCAUGGGUCUCUGUUCUUUUGUGUGUUUGCAGCAUGAUUAAUCUGAGGCAGAGUUCAGUGUACUGCUACAAGUUGAUGGCACCCUUUCAUAUAAGCAGGACAACACACUUUAGCUUGCUUAUUGAACAGUAAGAUAGUAAAUACUGAUGUAUUAACAUUCACCCCUCCCCCAAACAACCAAGAAUACCAUGCUAUAAAAGUUUUUCUCCUAAGACCUUUUACCAGUCUCAAUGCAUAGGGCAUAUCAUCUAGUGGAGGUAGUUUGAGAGCUCUUAAGACAUUGCUAAUAAUCAUGAGACUGCAUCUUUUAUCCCAAGUAGAUAGAUAUCUUCUGCCUAGUCCAUUGGAGUCUUAGCACCCUCCAGUUCUAAGUCUGGGUUGUGUCUCGCCAGUUAUAGCAAAUAAGGAGCUGUUUGUAUCUGCUUUUAAAUCCAAUGAAAAGGUCCCUAAAGAUUUGAGAAGAUUAUAUUGUUACUAUUUGGCAUCAGAGAUGUCAUAAUAUGCUGUUGUUAAUAUUAUCCUUAAACAACAACUAACUUGUAGGGGAUCCUGCAAUGUGUUGAUAGCAGACAACAGUACAUGUCAACUUAAAUUAUCAAAAUGUAUAAUACAGAUUUUGUAUAUGCUGAACUGCAUUUUAUUUACAGCAGAUCAUGGGCUUCUCUUAGCUGCAAGGGAAAACGAGGAAGCUCCACGUCUGGUGUGCACAUUUAACCUUUUGAAAAUACGCUGAUGUCACAGAUGAAACUGUGACUGAAGUUUUUUUUUUUUUUUUUAAUGGACAGAAAACAUUUGCUUAGCAAAUUAGUACGUUCAAAAGAAAAUGGAUUAAGUAAGAAGUUUGGUUUGUUAAAGAAUAAGAGUAAAACCUGCCUUUUAAAACAUCACAUCAUUGAGAGCCUUUUGUGCAAAAUGGGGUCCUGUUUGGAUUUCACCAAAGGGAAAAGUUUGUAUAUUGGGAAUAGCCUUCUCCCCACAGUGAAAUAAUAAAACUAAGACUUGAAAUAUUUCCGAGUUUUCCACUUAAAAUCUGCCUCCAUCUUCUCAUUCACAGAUGAAAGAGUGAAGUGCUUUAUGCUCAGGGUGAGCUAGAACUGGGAGGCUGUCUUGUUCCUAUACCAAAGUUGUAGGGAUUUUAAGCAUCUUUAUAGUGUGGGCAGAAGAGCUGUUUGAAGAAAAUGAAGCUGUAUUUUAGACACAUUGAGCUUCUUUUAAUAUCCUUUGCACUGGGUUCAUGUCUUCAAGAUUUCAUAACUGCUUUAAAAUAUAAGCUGAGCUAUUGUAGAUUGAUACACUAGCAAUGGCAGAAAGUGAAUUUAACAAUUGAGGCAGGAAAAAUGAGUAAUAUUUCUGAGUUCUUUUUUAAAUAGAGAUUUUUGCAGUAUACACACAUUUUUUUAAAAAAUUAUUAAAGGGCCCCUAAAAAGUGGUUGUUGUAGAAUUAGAGGAAUAAUUUUCUUGGUAGCUACAGUUCACUUUCUGAAUAUUGUUUCAGAUUUCCAAAACAGUCUCCAUAAAACCUAAAAUAAGGUCAUUUUAAAUGUUCCAGUUAAGUGCCCUUCUUGUAUGCCACUUACUUGUUGGCAUUAAGAGCUCACUGUUUAAUUGACUUUAGCAGGGACAUGAUGAAAGAAUUAUCCAGGCAUUGGCCCCAUGCCGAUGAGCAUGUGUUGAGGGAUACGUGGGUCUCUGUAUUGGAAAUUUGCAGAAGAGGUGUAGGGGAGGCAGUGAGGAGGUUGUCACUCAUCCAUUCUUCAAAUAAUAACUUUGCUUGGUCUCCAUUGGCCCAUGUGUAUGUUAUUUACCAGUUUUGUAUUAGAGUUUCCAUGAGAGAAGGAAGAAGAAAGUCAUACCCAAAGGACAGCAAAGUCUGGACCUCGUCCUUCCUGAUGGUUGGAAUGGUCUAAGGACCACUCCUUCCCCAGAAUUUGACCUUUGGCAUGGCCCUCUAAAGGAAACCUUCUCUUAUACUCUGAGCUUCUCGCAGCUAAAUGCUGAGUUAGGCUCGCUGAAUUGAUUUUUUUUCCCUCUGAGACUUCUAUGGCCUUUGAUCAUUCUAACCAGACAAAACAAGUGUGUGGUUGUCCUGCGUCUCCAGGAUUAAGCUUUGAAAAUUAAGGUCUAGUCUUCCCUAUACGUCAUUAAUAGUCACUAACAGUAAUUACAGAUCCUCAUUAUCCUGUGGCAAUUAUUUGGUUAUUUUGAUAAGAAUGCUCUUCUUAGUAGGAACAAUGUGUCGUUGUUUUAGAGCCCUUGAGGGCAGAGUUGGGCAUGGUUUGUUGUGAGGAUUUGCUUGAAUGACCUUGUUGGGGAAGUAGGUAUCAAGUGUAGAAUAUGGUUUCUUACCCAGUGAGCUAUGGGGAAGUACGUCAUGCUGUUUUCUCUGGGAAAUCAGUCUAGCGAACAAACCUUGGUGGUGAGAAGUAUGACUCUCUGCCAAAGUAUGCUUCCUGCUUCCUGAUUUUCCAGAAAGUGGAUUUGCUGGAAACUUUGCUUUCCCCUGUUUACCCACCUCCCUUUGUCCGGCCUUUUCUGUCUUGAACUUUGACUAAUUUAAGUGUUAGCAGUCACUGACAUGAGAAGCAAGGACACGUACGAGGAGUGUGCCCAGUACAAGUCUGCUCAACAGGUCUGUGAGCACAGUUUGUGUUCAGUGUGCACAGCAGCACAGUGUUCUUGCAGGGAUCUGAAGCUUCCCGCUGCAGGUGGCUGGACCCACCAGUUUUUAGAGCAACAACAUUGAAACCUAACUUCAUCCUUUUUGUUUUAGUAAGAUGAUGUACACAUAGUAAAAGGAGCUUUCUGCCAUAUUUUGACAAUUCCAUAAAGAUGCUCCACAAAACGGCAAUUCUGUAUCAUCCUUUUCCAGUUAAUUAAAUGUUAGCUCUUAAUCCUGGAUUUGAUUUUAGGAAGGGCAGCAAUGUUCAUACAUGAACAGUUUCAGCUGUUGCCUUGUUUGCGCCUCUGAGUGCUAGACUGGAGAUUCUAUGACAAGCGUGUUUUUACUCAUUUGAAUCCAUACCUCCUCGGGAUUCUUACUGUGGUCCAGAUUGUCACUGUUGCUGUUUCUCAUCCAGUGGGUUCUGGGUUGUCCUUACCUGCUUGGUAUUCGGCCGCGGCAGUGUAGUUAUAGGAUUCUGCUGGCCAAGACCUCAGGCAACAAUUACAUCAUUCUGUUUCCUUGGUGAAGCAGAGUCAGGUUACGGGAGCUUGUGUAUUCUGUAUUCUUCUGACCAGUAACAAACAGGUGUGCAUUGCUCCCAAACUAAAAAAUACUGUCGAGUAUGUCCACAGACCUAAUGCAGUAUCUGUCGAGCAAGCUAUUCACUAAUUGCACUGUUUUGUUUUUUAUAUUGUUAGCUUUUACCUUUGUUUUUACCACUGAUAAUAACUCAAAAACCCAAGGCUUGGAGAACUGUGGAAUGUAACACUGAUGAGCCCUGUUAGGACACUGAACCAAAGACCUGUGUCUGAAGUUCAGCCAGUCGAUACUCAUGUGGUCCCUUCCCUUUGUGGCAGGUAAUCAGUAUAGUAUACCAGGCCAUGCUCUUGGAGUUAACAGAAAAUAAAAGUCAAGCCAGUUCAUUGCAUUUGCCAGUAAUAUAUAGCCUGGCUCUUCUACUGAUACCUUUCAGCUUUUGGCUUUUAACCUUGUAACGUGACUUCCUUUCUUUAGACUCUACUCUGGUCAUCCUCUUUUUAGAGUGAUCUGAAGGGAGACAAACUAUUUUGUGACCUUAUACCUUCGUUUUUCCCCUUAGUUUUGGAUGGGCUGGGGUGGGGAAGCUAAAGGUCCAGUCUUAUUCUGUCCGUCACUAUCUAGUGAAGUCGGCCUUAGCAAAGCAUUCAGGUUGCAAUUUUCACACAACUAAAUCCAUACUUGAAACUAGUUUCUCUUCUGGUCAUAUAAUACCUUUUUGCCUUUUCCUAAUUACCACAUUUAAAAGUAAUGAAGAAAAACCUCAAUCAAGUCUAGAUUUUAUAUAUUAAGUAUAAAUAGUAAUGUUAAAUGUUUCAUAUAUCAGGGACCACUUGGCCUCAAAUUCUCAGAUUGUCUCCUUUUCCUUCCUCCCAUCCAUGUAUAGUAUUAGAUAGUGGUCAUGGUGUCUGAACCUGUGUCAAUGCCAUACUUGAAAGCCACUGAAACUAAUUUUUCGAUUUAAUUAUUGCCAGUUUCUAGAAGAUCUGAAGCCAUCAGAAACUUCUGUUUAUGGAAAUUUUUGGUGCAGUGGAGUUUGAUAUCCUUAGGAAAUACUAGGUUUCACCAAAAUUGAGUGCUUGCCCUCUCUGAGUCCCAUUAAAAAGAAGGUUAAAGCUCACGAUUCAUUGGGGAAGAUUUCCUAUGAAAUAGUCUCAGUACCAUAAAAUGAAAACAAAACUCCAGGUACUUCCACACAACUGUGCAGCAAAGCUUGUGUGUUAUUCACUGCCUUGGCAGAUGUGUGCCUUGUGUGCAGGGAAUCUUCCACAGGACCUGCACGGAGAAGACAAGUGUGUGGUUGAUGUGCCCAUAUCUUAAAGUGGACAGCAAGAACAAUAGGACCUCUUUGACUAGCAGCUGCCACUUCAUGUGGACACUUGAGGGUGUGGUGGGCUGCUGUCUCUGCCUUAGCUCUGCUUGGCUGAAACAAUUGCACAUGCUUUAUAGAUAGGAGUUUGGAACUACCUCCAGCCAGGACAUUAAUUACCAGAGGUGAGCUCUUGAACCAUCUGAAGGCUGCUGGGCCCAAGGUCUGAGCUACUCUUUACCAUAUGUAGCAAAUGUUUACAGAACCAUUUUAAUUAGAAUCUGUGUAAGCCAAACAGAUCAAAAUAGUAAAGUGAGGGAAAUCUAACCUGUUUUAAGUAGCAUGUUCACUCAGAAGGCUCAGGGUGAGCUGCUGUCUGAAAAGUCCUUGUUUUCUGCAUCAGGCCUUACCAAAACCUUCAAAGCUUGUUAGGUCCUCAGCCAGGGGACCUGGGCAGAAGGUAGUCCCACGAGGCACUCUUCCAUUGUAAACUGGAGUCCCAGCUUCAUGCUCUUCAAGGGUUUAACCUUCCUGCUGUAACAUCAAAGCCUGUUGCUCAGCAGUGCCUCUUGAUGUCCUCCUGUUUCUCCUGAAGCAGCUCUUGAGAACCUGGGCCAGACUUUCUGAAAGGAACUCAAAUCUGCCAGUACUGAGGUGGUCAGUACCAGUGGCAGAGGGGCAGGAGAGCCUGGCACCUCUCUUCCUUUGCUCACACUGCUUGCUGUUAGGUUUGGGAGCUCUGGGGACAGCCUCUACUGAGCUGCUGAACUGGGAAUUCUCUGAGAGUACAGUGUGGUCUGCUGCUGACUAAGAAUGAGAGUCCCUUCAUCAAAAAAAAAAAAAAAAAAAAAACCCACUCUGAAUCUAAAGUGGACUAGAAUUUGGGCCCACGUAAUUAUUCUAGUAAGACUUUGAAAUUGUUUCUAUUUGUUUAUUGCAAAUUUAUAGAAAUGGAAAAAAUAAAUCUAUUAUCAUGCUAAAUUCA